UCAAACAGUCCUGGGCCGGAGACAAUGGCUGAGACUGAAGCAGCACUUCCUCCUGAAGCAGAUGCAUCAUCACAGAACAAUGAAGAUCAAGUGGAGCAGAAGGAUGAAGACAAAGAAGAAAGCAAAACCACUAAUGGUGCAGAUCAAACAAAUGGGGAGGACAGUGAACCAGAAAAGCCAGAGACGCAAGGGGAAGAAAACGCAUCUGAUGGGGCUGGAGAGGCGCCAAAAGAAGAAGAAGCAAUGGAUGAAAACAAGUACUACACUGUGAGCUACAGAAAGAUCAAGAAAGGCCUGGCGAAGAACAGGAUUAACAUUUUUGAGAAAAUGGAUUUUUCCAUGGUGGAAGAGGAAGACAAUGAUGAUCAGGAGGGCAAAGACACCGGUGGAGAAUCUCAAACAAAUGGAGAGGGAGAAAACGCCAAUGGGGAAAGUGACCCAGAUGGGACUAACGGGCAAGCGGGGAAAGAGACAGCAGAAAAUCAGGGAGGAGAGAACACGGGAGAAGAAGCAGGAGAAGGGCAGGACAAAGGAAAUGGGGGUGAAAAAGAAGGGAACGAGCAGAAUAAAAAGCAAGCGGGUGAGAAUGAAGGAGACGCGCAGGAAGAUGUGGAAAUGGGUGAUGAGGAAGGAGAAGAGGAUGGAUUUGAUGAGAAUGACAUAAAUUCAGCUUCCCAACAAGGGAAUCGUCCUUCUGCUGCCAAGUUCUUUACUGUGAGCUACAGAAAGAUCAAGAAAGGCAUCACAAAGCAGAGAGUUGACGAGUUUGAGUUCAUGGGACAUCAACCUGCUUCUCCUCAGAUUCCACCAGUUUAAACCAUCUGGAGCAGAACAUGUGCAUUCAUGUGUUAUCUAU